UGAGGUCUCCACAUCACUGAGACUUCUACUACCACAGUUUCAUACUGACCUACAGAGCCUCUGCUGUGACCAUCAUCCACACAUCAGACCACCGUCCAGACAGACGGAGACAUCUGAGACUCCGGCAGAAGCAGACAGAGCCUUUACAGGAGCAGUGGUAGGCUUUCGGACAGAUCACACCAGGGGACAGUGGUUCUUCAAGUCUGACCCACUUCAGGUUAUAAAAACAGCCUUCACCCAGUGGAGUUGACACAGUCAGGACUGGCGUGUAGAGCAGCCAACCCAGAGAUGAGUGUGUCAACGUGUCAGAUGAAGGAACGUUACAACCAGCAGGGAUUCCUCUCUGCUGUACCGGUCCUAGACGACACAGAGCUGAGGGAGGCCAGACAGGCCUUCAACCACCUGGAGAGAGAGUUCGGUGAGGAGUAUACCCAGUACAGUCUCCACAAUGUGCACCUGCAGUACCCCUGGGUGAUGGGCCUGGCCAAACACCCCAACAUCCUACAGGUGGUACAGUCCAUCCUGGGCUCUGAUGUCAUCCUGCUAGACUCACGCUUCAUCUGCAAGUACCCAACAACCCCCACACCCCACCCCACAGCCACACAGGCAGGAAAUGAUGCCAUCACUCUGACCAGUGAGGAGGAAGUGAGGUCAUCAGAGAAGGACCAGCAGAGUGAGACUGGACUGCCCUUCGUGGCCUGGCACCAGGAUAUGAGGUACUGGGGAAUAGCUGGGGGUCCAGUCCUGUCGGUGUGGCUGGCUCUAGACGACUCACUGGCAGAAAACGGAGCCCUGAAGGUCAUCCCAGGAAGCCACUGCUCUGGCAUGCUGCCCCACCAACUCGCCUCCCGCCCCGGAAACAUGCUGUCAGUCAACCAGGAGAUCCCUGAGGAGCUGGUGCAAACGGAUAGCGCUCUACUCUGCCCCCUGCUGGCUGGGCAGAUGUCUAUCCAUGAUGGGUUCCUGGUCCACGCCAGUGACCCCAACACAUCCCAGAAGAGACGCUGUGGCUUCGUGAUCCGAUACGUCCCUACCUGUGCCUACCCUAUACAGGACCCAGACCGUCCCAGGCGUUUCCAUGCUACAGUGAUGGCCAGUGGAUCAGACCAGUUCAGUCACUUCUCCACCUUGCUGUGAUGAGCCUUACAGCACAACUACAACCAUAUCCAUAGAGAUACCAUUACCGUAUUACUGUCUGAUACUUAGAGGAACCUAAUGAUACUGUAUUCACCUUGAUGACUUACUGCUGUGUUCACCUUGAUGACUUACUGCUGUGUUCACCUUGAUGACUUACUGCUGUAUUCACCUUGAUGACUUACUGCUAUGUUCACCUUGAUGACUUACUGCUGUGUUCACCUUGAUGACUUACUGCUGUAUUCACCUUGAUGACUUACUGCUGUGUUCACCUUGAUGACUUACUGCUGUGUUCACCUUGAUGACUUACUGUUGUGUUCACCUUGAUGACUUACUGUUGUAUUCACCUUGAUGACUUACUGCUGUGUUCACCUUGAUGACUUACUGUUGUGUUCACCUUGAUGACUUACUGCUGUGUUCACCUUGAUGAUAUCGGAUGAACGGUUUAAAAAUCACUUUUUGUACAUAGCCCCCCAUAUUAGGAGACCAAAAGUACUGGGACAAAUGAACUUCUAUGUAUUAAAGUAGUCAAAAGUUUAGUAUUUGGUCCCAUGUUCAUAGCACACAUUAACUAUAUCAAUCUUGUGACUCUACAAACUUGUUGGAUGCAUUUGUUGUUUGUUUUGGUUGAGUUUCAGAUUAUUUUAGAAUAGAAAUGUUGAAUAAUGUAGGAUUAGAAUCGACUAUGUUUCUAAACACUUCUACAUUAACGUGGAUGUUAUCAUGAUUACGGAUAAUCCUGAAUGAAUCUUGAUUAAUGAUCAGUGAGAACCUUACAGACAAAAACAUCAUACUCUCCAAAAAUGCUAACCUCCCCUGUUAAUGUAAUGGUGAGAGGUUAGCAUGUCUUGGGGGUAUGAUAUACAAUGCUAACCUCCCCUGUUAAUGUAAU